GCCAGCUUGGGGGAAAUGAUCCACGAGUUUGCAGAGCAGCUGUCAAGCGAGCAAGCCAACAAGGCCAAGAUCGACACAAGAUGUCAGAAGCUGACGCGGCGGUACCUCACCCUGAAAGCAGAGAAGGAGGCAUUGCAAAAGCAGCUGGGCAAGUUUGAGGAUGGCCUGGCAAGCACAACCCCGAAG